AUGUUAAAUCAGUCGUCUCACAGCACGCAACAAGCGAGCAGCUCCUCUGCAAACCAACCAAGCAGACCCAGAGUCUACGCUGCAACAUCAACAGCACAGGAAAAUGCACCAACAAGACAAAAUCGUGCACCAGCACUACUUGCUUCAUCUAGUACUUCAUCACAAGCUGACGCAUUAUUGAUAACAGGAAAAUCUGCUUCAGUCUCAGAGCAUGAGAAUAAGAGAUUUUCACAAGUAAUUUUGAUGUGCAGCAAAUGUCGCUCAAAUUUGGCUGUAAAUUCAACUCAACGUGGCAUGUUCAAGGUAUUCAAAGAAGGUCAAAGUAAACAUCUUGUUCUCUUUGAUCAAAGUGUUAUCGGAAAGACAAUCAUUGAGAAGGAAAUGACCAAUAGCCAACAGAAAGACAAAACAUUCGAAAAGACACAUUUAUUGUUUUGUAGUUCUUGUCAAGAAAAGAUUGGAUGUAGACUGUCAGGAUGUUUUCCGAAUACCGAUCUUCCAAAAAGAAUGUUUGAUGGAGAAAGCUGUCAAGUAACAUGUACAGAGAAGGAUACCCAAGAGCAAGUUGUAAUGAAUGUGAAAGAGUGGCGAAAAUUGAGAUAUUCAUUGAAAGAUUUUAGUUUGUAUCCUCCACCACAAGCCAAUUUUUCUUCAACAAGAUAUGAUCCAACUAAAGCUGUAAAGGAAUCGACAAGUGGAAGGAAAGCAGAUGAAAGGGGAAUGAAUGAAAGUUACCAAUUUGUAAGAAUGAAUGACAACAACGUUCAACAAUCAAAAAGCUUCCAACCAUCACAGAAUACUCGAACAAGAGCCCAACAUCUUCAACCAAAAGAAGUUAAUAGAACAAAUCCAAUGAAAAGCUAUGACGUUGUUGAUAUUUUUGACGAACCUGCAGGUAGAAGUGAUCCAUCAACAUUAUCUAGCUCAAGCUUUACUCGCAAAUCAUUUCAAGUACAGUAUCCAACACCUCAAAUAGAAAAACUACCUACAAAGGAAAAAAAGGUUUACACUAUCCAAACGGUUAGAGACCUGCAUCGGUAUAUUGAUUGUUCUCUCUUAAAAGAAGGAAACGAACAGUAUUUCAUCAAGAACCUCUUUCAAGACCUGUUCAAAUCCAUUUUUGGUACAGAGGGAGUAUUACAACAAUAUUCUAUCGACUUUAAGCUCAUUGAAAAACUUCUCAUGGUAUUUUCACACAGAGAAAUUGAAGUAACAACAAACAAGACCCAAGUUACUACCAUGUUCUCACUCCUCAUGAACUCCUCUUUCUGGAGAAGAGAUGUUAAAAAGUACAUUAUGAACGAUGUUGUUGAUGAUGAGCAAAUAGAAACAAUAAUUACAAUAUUUCAGAGAUGUUUGGAUUUUUGCCCAUUGGAAGCCGAGAGGGUUUACAUUGAAGAAUUGGAAAAGAUUUAUAUUGAAAAGUUUUUAAGUCAAACUUUUAAGGAAUCUAUUGAGAAUUUAAAGUCAAAGAAGAAACACGUUUUGAAAUCCAAUAAUUCCAUCGCGGAUGAACCCGAAGAAGAUGAUCUAGAAGGAAUAGACAUCGAUAUUGGUAUUUUCCCAACUUGGAAUGAAUUGACAUCGAACAACAAAUUUACAAUCAAGAACAUUGUUGAUAGAAGUUAUCCUUCGCUGAAGCACUAUCUUUAUACUCAAAUCAUGUUAUUGAGAGAAGAUUUUAUACAUCCUCUUAAAGAAGGCAUUAGAUCCUUCCUUUCUAACGAGCUCAAUCAUAGAAUAAUCUCGGUGUUCACAGAUGUACAAUUUCGGUCAGUUAUUUCCUUAGACAAUGAACGUGAAUUGGUGCACUCUCUUUCUUUCAAUUAUCCAUGGAAGAAAGUAAAUUGGGAAUGUAGCAAAAAACUUGCCUUUGGUUCUCUGCUUUGCUUAUUCCCUCAAGAAGGUUUCGGUAAGAACGCAACACUUGUGAAGAGCGAACCAAUUUUCGUCACUGUUGUUGGAAGACAACAUUUGCGAACUGGACAGAUUUAUGUUACUGUAUGCAGAGAGGAAGACUAUGCGAGGCUUUCUUUUACAGGAAUGUAUAUCAUGUUCGAAUCUCCUGUAUACUUUGCAAGUGUUAGACCUGUCAUUGAUGCUUUAAAGAUGAUUCGCUCAGAAAACUUGUUAAGUCACUCAAAGUUUUCCUUCUACGACGAAUUUAUCAAAGUGAAAACUCAAAAACCUCCACAAUAUGUGGAAAAAGUCAGUGUUAUGAGCUUGGAUGUCAUUUCAGGAAAAUCAAGAAAAAGUGUCCAAAGUAACGUAUCGGUUGGUCAAAAUAUUGAUAUCAUGAGUGACUGGAUUGAUGACAAUGACACCUUCCUUGAUUCAAGUCAAAAUAGUGCAAUUAAGCAUGUCAUGAGAAAUAGAGUUGCCAUUGUAAUUGGUCCACCGGGUACAGGAAAGACAUUUACAGGUAUAGAGGUUGCAAAGUUGAUGAAAAGUCAUCCAUAUAUGAAAGAGAGACAAUUGGUUUGUAUUACCUACACAAAUCAUGCGUUGGAUCAGUUUUUGGAAGGUCUCCUUGAUUAUUUCCCGGAUUUAGUUCGUGUUGGCUCGAGAAGUAAAAGUCAAAAUGAGAAAUUAUUGGCUAGAAAUAUUUCCAACUUGAGAUAUUUGCCGAAAUACUUAUUGUUACAAAAGAAGCACUGUGAGGCUGAACUGAAUAUAUUAACAAAAGAAAUAGGUUCGAUCGAACAAUCAAUUAAGAAUCCAGAUGAAAGUCUUUACCAUAUCAUUUGCAAAUCAAUGGUUUUUAAGAAGGCACUUAUAAAGUUUCCAACCCACCUGUAUACUAAACGUAACCCAGCACCACACAGUUUUCUGGACAUGUUUAAUUGUUGGUUGAAUGGAGAUGAUUUGAGAAGAAUGGAAUAUCUCAGAAGGAACAACUUUAUUAAUCAUCUUGGGAACUCAUUUAGUGCCCUAAGAGAUCAGAACAAUGAAGUCGAGUUAGAGAUUUUUGAAGAAGUCAAACUUGAGGAAACUAAAGCUGUUGAAUUUAUAGAAGAAAUUGAAAUACCUGAAGAGAGAAUUGAACAAGAAAUAGAAGUGGAAUUGAUUGAAGAAGAAAUGAACAAUAGAUUUGGUUAUGACGAAGCCGAUUUCACCAAUGCAACAUCAAUAUUUAACUAUUAUUGGGAGUUUGGCUAUGAUACUACUUUGGAUCCAGAAAUUGCAAGGAUUGAAGAUGAAGUCAAACAAUUUGGUGAUAUUUACCGAAUUCCUCUUGAAAAACGCAAAUCUAUGAUGAAGCGAUUGACAAGCCUUAAUGAAGAAGUACUCAGGAAGAGGCUUGUCGAUUUUAUUAAGAAAAGGAGUUAUUGGGAGGCGAGAAAGAGAGAAAUACUGAUAGAAAGGGAUUAUUUAGUUUUGAGUGAUGCUUCGAUUAUUGGAUUAACUUCAACAGCAGCCUCAAUGAACAGAAAUUUACUGAAUCGGUUAAGAGCACCAAUUUACCUUAUUGAAGAAGCAGCCGAAUUGUUGGAAUGUCAAAUAACUUCAGUAUUACAUCCUAAUGUUCAGCAUUUAGUAAUGAUUGGUGACGAGAAACAACUUCAACCGAAAGUCAACUCUUACUAUUUGGAAAAGAAUUGUGAUUUCACUGUGAGCUUAUUCGAAAGAUUAAUUAGAAAUGGGCUGAAAUAUGUUUCUCUCAAUAUUCAACAAAGAAUGAGACCUGAAAUUAGAGGACUCAUAGAUAUGUUCUAUGAAAAACUCACAGACCAUGAGUGUGUCACCAAAUUCGAACAUGUGACAGGUGUGAGCACAAAUAUUUGUUUCAUUGAACACAAGAAACCAGAAAAGACCUCCGAAGAUAUUCAAUCCUUGACAAAUCCACAUGAAGCUGAGUUUUUAAGCAAGUUUUGUAAAUAUUUGCUCAAUGUCAGACAAUACAAGGCAAAUAACAUUACAAUAUUGACACCGUAUAGAGGGCAAGUGAUCCUUAUAAAGAAAACUCUUAAGGAAUUGAUAGAUCAACAACAAUACAACAAUAUUAGAGUUUCAACAGUGGAUGAUUAUCAAGGAGAGGAAAAUGAGAUUAUUUUGCUUUCGCUUGUGAGAUCUAAUAACUAUGACAAUCUUGGCUUUGUUAAAAUUACAAACAGAAUAAUUGUCUCGUUGAGUAGAGCAAGAAAGGGUCUUUACAUUAUUGGAAAUUAUGAUUUAUUGAGAAAUAAUGAGGAUUGGAGAAAGAUCUUUUCAAGACUAAAGCUUUCAAAUAGAAUUUUGGAUCAUUUACCUCUGUCCUGUCCUAAACACACAGAAGAGAAAGAAUGUAUCAGGGAGCCUCAUGAUUUCGAUCAAGUUAUUUGGGGAGGUUGUAAGAAACCAUGCACCUAUCGAUAUGACUGUGGUCACAUCUGUUCACUACCAUGUCAUCAUGAUUCGUUACAUCAGGAAAGAAAAUGUGAGAAAAUUUGUGAUGAAAAACAUGCAGAAUGUGGACACAGAUGUAAGGCCAUGUGCCACUCUGGAAAAUCUUGUCCCAAAUGUACAACUCUAGUUAAUUACAAGUUUGUAGAUUGUGGUCAUACUACCCAAAUUAAGUGCUACUUGAAAGAUACAGCUCAACUGUGCAAGGAAAGGUGUCAAAAGCCUCUUAAAUGUGGACACAUCUGUAACGGAGAAUGUGGUUCAUGUAAAUUGACUGGUUGUGGUCCAUGUCAGACAACGAUCAAAGAUACUUGUGAAACAUGUAAGAGAUCCUAUUCUAGAAAAUGUUCAGAUCCUAGAAUAUGUACCAAUCCGUGCACAUUCAAACUUACUUGUGGACAUAAUUGUUCUGGAAAGUGUGGUGAUUGUACUGUUUCAAGUCCAUGUACUCACAAAACAUGUGGAUUUAAUUGUGAAAGAACACUCAUCUGUGGUCACAUUUGUAAGGUUAAACAUACUUGCAGUACACCAUGUUCAAAAUGUGAAGAAACUUGUGUUUUCAAAUGUUUUCACAAGGUGAAGUGUGAAUUAUCUUGUCAUGAAAUGUGUUAUCCAUGUAAAGAAGCAUGCCCUAUUCGAUGCUCUCACAGACAAUGCUCCAAUUUGUGUUCUGAACCAUGCGAUAUUGAACCUUGUAAUGAAAGAUGUCCAAAUAAGUGUUUACAAUGCGGCACUCCGUGUAUGGGUUUGUGUGGUGAGCCAUGUCCACCGUGCAUGCAUUGUGCUGCUUUGAACGGAGAAGUAUGGCAAUGUCCAAUCUCAUUCAUGAAUUUUGAAGAUUUAACCACAGAUGAAAGAGUUUACUACUUGCCUGAGUGUGGACAUAUUUUUGAAUUAGAGUCAAUGGACAACUGUGUGAGAACGUUCUUUGAAACAGAACAGGGUAUCUCCAUCAAGUAUUUGAGCUGUCCAUGCUGCAGAACUCCAAUUUUCACAGCUCCAAGAUAUCAAAAAUCCAUUAAGGAAUGUGUGAAAAGAAUGGAACAUUUAAAAUAUAUCAUUUACAAGAAGGAGGAGGAGGAAAAACAAGCAAGAAAAGAUGCUAUUAGAAUUGUAUCUGCUGAGGCUGGAUAUGCAUCUGGACAUUGGUUUUGUUGUGAGAAUGGACAUCCUUAUUUUAUUGGGGAAUGUGGUGGAGCCAUGCAACAGAGUGUUUGUGUGGAUUGUGGAGCACCGGUUGGAGGUUCUAGUCAUCGCUUAUUAAGCUCCAAUCGUUUGGCCACAGACAUUGAUGGAGCCACUGCUCCUGCAUGGCCUACAGCUCUCAAUCAAGAUUAA